GGGCGGCAGCGGCGGCGGCUGCGGCAGCGCCGGGCCCGGCUCUGCUUCUCCUUUCUCCUGAUGUCCUGCGUGCCGAGGGAGCAGCAACAAGGAGGAGGAGGCUGGCACUGCCCGCUCCAACACACCCCAGGGCUGUUUUUUUCCACCCUCAGCAUCCGACUGGUGGCGAACGGGCUCCUCUGGCAGCCGGAGCGGGCUGGCAGCGCGGAGCUGGGCUCCUGACAAAUGUCUCAUCCUCGCCCUUUCGGCUGCGGCUGGCUCAGGAGGGAGCUGGGGAGGCAUUUCCAGCCUCCCUGCUCCCCACAGCUGGCUCCCGUGCCCGGAGGGUGAAGCUUUUCUCCGAGUUCUCGCGGCUUGAGGUGAUUUGUGGUGGUUUUUUCCCCUGCUUUGCUCCACGUUUCUCCUUCUGGGUGCCCCUUACCCAGCGGCAGAGCAGCCGUGGGUAUUUCCACAGCCCUGUGGGCGCUGCUUGAUGCAGCAGAGCGCCUCAUUUCAGUACAGAAACCAUUCUGAAGCUGCCCCUGUCUCACAGAAACGUGUUCUCGUGGCUUAAAAUGAAAGAAAAGUGGCCGGGCUCUGUUACAAAAAGGAUUUUUUCCUGAAAUCCCACGAUUUCUGCCAGAUUCCUUGUAGCUGCUGGUGCCCGCCUGCUGAUUUAGAGCCUCAGGGUGCCUCCUGCUGCCCUACAGCCCCGUGGGGGAAUCCCUGGAGUCACCCGGCUCCCGGUGGCCUACAGGAACUGAUGCCGAAGUGCUGGGUGCCCGCUGGAAGCCGCUGACUUCUCCGUCUGCCCUUUUUGCAGUACCUGUGAGUGGUUCAGAGCCCGGCUGAGCUGCGAGCCAUGGCCACGGUGCUCGUCCGCCGACGCUUCCCGAGGCUGAGCAGGGUGACCGCCGCCCUCCUGACUUCUUCAGCCCCCUGCAAAGCCGAGGAGGGAGGCGGCUGGAGGAAGGAGGAGGAAGAGGAGGAGGAGGAGAACCCAAAAAAAGGCGCCGCCAUCCAGCUGCUGACCCCGCCGGGCUACAGGGUGCUGCACAACCCCGCUGCCUACGCCAGGAGCAGGGCCAGGAGCAGCCUCCAGGCUUUUGGGGACGCUCCCAGCGGCUCUGCUGUCCCUGCUGCCUCCUCCCAGCUUCUGCCACCCGCCAGAAAUGCCCUGGCCAAGCCCCCCCGCAGGAAGAAAACCCCGCUCCGGGCCAAGCAGGAGGUGGAGAAGGAGCAGAGCGAGCUGCACGACUCCAAGGAGGACCCGCGCGUGUUCCAGCGGGGGCGCCCCGAGUACAAAUCCCUCUGCUACAACAGGUUCGAGACCCUCGAGACCCUCCCUGGGGAAGAAGCCGAGGCGAUUCUGCUCGGCGUGACCUCCUGGGGGGGAAACCAGAGCCCCAGCGCUAUCACCGAGUGUUUCCACAAGCUCAGCCGCCUCCCUGAGGAGCACCACGCCGCGCUGCUGGCCGAGCCCGGCUUCGACACCUUGUCCCGCUGUGCUGUUGAGCAAAUCCAGGGCUUUUCCACCCCGCAGCUCAUCGAAAUUUUGAAGGCUUGCGUCCGCCUGGGCGUCCCCCCCGCUCACUCUCUCCUGGACGCCUGCGAGCGCGAUUUCUGCCGCCGCGCCUGGGCCAUGAGCUUGGAGCAGCUGCUGCUGGUGGCCGACUGCUGGCGCUGCCUGCCCCGCGCCGUGCCCUCCUACCUCAGCAUCCUCUUCAGCUACGCCGCCAGGAGCUGCCAGGAUCUGGCUUUGCCCCAGCUCGUUCAGCUCCUUUACAUCAUCGGCGAAGGCAGGAGAGCCCCCCCGGAGCUGGUGCAGAAGCUGGAGGGCGUUAUUUGGAAGCACCUGGACGCCUGCACGCUGGAGGAGGUGGGAGCCAUCAGCUUGGGGCUCUUCAAAUCCCUCAGCGCCGUCCCCGAGCGCCUGGUGAGGAGGAUCGCGGAGCGGGUGGCGCCGGAGCUGGAGGAGAUGAGCACCUACGCUUUGGUCAACGUCCUCAAACUGCUGCGUUACGCCCGCCUGGAUCACCUGCCCCUCCUCAGGGAGCUGGGGAAGGUGAUCCCGCCCCGAAUCCCCACCACCAACGUCCAGGGCCUCAUGCACGUCGCCCUCGCCUGCUCCUCCUUGCACUACUACGACGAGGCCGUGCUGGCCGCCGUGGCCGCCGCGCUGCCCUCCAAGGUGGCUUACUGCCGCAGCAAGGACGCCGCCAAGUUCCUCUGGUCCUUCGGCUGCUUGGAUUACGAGCCCCCGAACGAGGAGGAGUUUUACUCCAGCCUGAUCGAGCACACCCGCAGGAAACUGCGCGAGUUCGACAGGUUCCCUGAGCACCUCCUCACCGGCCUGCUCGGCCUGGCCUUCGUCGGGCGCUUCCCUGAGGAGCUGAUCGAUUAUGCUCUGAGUGAGGAUUUCGUCCAAAAAACCAGAAACAGUAAAUACGAGCUGGGGAAGGAUCUCUUCACCCUCGGCAGGAGCGUGGAAAUCGAGUGCCCGGGUUACCGAGGCAGCCGCCUCAGCCCUCAGCUCUCCCAGGAGAUGACCCAGCUGGUUUUGGCUUUCGCCCAGCAGGAAAUCUUCGUCAGGCCCGAGAUCGUGGAAGCCGUGAGCCUGCUGGAGAGCGUCCUGGGCGGCCCCGAGUACGUGAAGAGCCACAUGAUCCUGCCCCACGCCCGCUCAAGCGACCUGGAGGUGCACCUGGCCGCCGACGGGCGCCCCGUCCCCUUCAACGUAAAGGAUUCUGCGGGGAGGGAACUGCGGGACAUCGGGGUCAGCCUGACGGACGAGCUGAUGGCUCAGCUCCUGAAGGGGAAAUGCAGCACCCAGCCUCGGCGGGGAGCGGAAAACGAAGCCACAGCUCCUGGUUGGGAGCCGAGGGGGGAAAAACAAGCUCCACAAACACCGUUUUCAGGCAGAUCUGGUCCCGCAAGAACCUCAUUACACAUUUCACCCCCCCUAGGGGGUUUCCUGGAUGCCCCCAGCUCUCCCGCUCUGCCCCAGCAGCCUGGGGGGGUGAAGCUGGCCAUCCAGGUGUCCAACCGAAACCACUACUGCUACCUCUCCAAGCGGCUGCUGGGGCUGCACCGCCUGAAGAGGCGGCAGCUGCGGCUGCUGGGCUACGUGGUGCUGGAGCUUCCCUUCUGGGAGUGGUUCCCCCUGCUCAAACGCACGCGAUCGGAGAAGCUCAGCUACCUGCACUACAAAGUGUUCGACCCCGCGCUGCUCCGCGGGGCUCCCUAGCGCCGCGUCCCUGCUGAUUUAAAUCCCCCCCCGGGCUUUGGUUUCAUUUUUGGCAGCUGUUUCGGGAGCUGAGGCUGCCUUGGCGCGUCCGCUCGUUCUGCUCUGCUCUGCUCCAGCAAACCUCAAAUGCUUCCGUGGCAAAUAAAAGCUCCUCUCGUGUUCA